AUGUCACUCGUGAAGAUCCCCCUCCUCUUCACCGGGUUACUAUCCGGCUAUGUCAUAUUGACACCACCCCAGCCGAAGGUCUCUACCAAAGAUCGCCACCAGGAUGUCAAGCCAUUUGAGCGGUGGUUUUCCGCCACCGUGCAUAUUCACAGCAUCGCACUCAAGACAUUGUCAUGUGUUGCGCCCAUGCUAGAGGCCGCCGUCAUCGUGGCAGGCCGCUUCCCCGACCACCCGCUCUCCCAAAUGGUCCUCACCGCGCUUGUCCCGGGCCCGCAAUCCCUCACGCGCAGAAUCGCCUGUACCGGCGCCUUCCUCGCUAGCUGGGCCGUCGGCACGCUCGGUGCUGCUGUCCGCUACCAGUGCUACCAGACGAUGGGGCGGUUCUUCACCUUCGAGGUGUCGAUCCGCGACGGGCACCAGAUCGUCCAGGACGGGUGGUACGGCAUCGUGCGACACCCUAGCUAUAUUUCGGGCGCGUUUAGCCUCGUCGGCUUGGGCCUCAUGCACGCCGUCGCCGGUUCGUGGAUGCGGGAGUGCGGCGUAUUGCAGACGCCGGUAGGGAAGACUCUCGUUGGGAUAUACGCCGGGCUCACGGUGUACGUGACCUUAUCAAUGGCGUGGCGCUCCCGUGAAGAAGACCGGAUUUUGAAGGAACAGUUUGGCGAACAGUGGGAGGAGUAUGCAGGGAAGGUGCGGUGGCGAUGGAUUCCAUAUGUAUUUUGA